ACCAGAAGCUUCGCUAGACCGGAACUUCUCGUUGGAGAAAAAGGAAGGCACAGGGAAAAGAAAAGCUUCUGUGAAAUUCGCGGGAAAGGGGAGAAGCAAACCCUAAGAAAUGGCAGAGAAAUUGGCUCCAGAAAAGCGCCAUAGCUUCCUCCACAACGGUCAGAAAGUGUUUGAAUGGGAUCAGACUCUGGAGGAGGUUAACAUUUAUAUUAAUUUGCCUCCAAAUGUUCAUUCGAAGCAAUUCUACUGCAAGAUUCAGUCUACGCAUGUCGAGGUUGGCAUCAAGGGGAAUCCUCCUUAUCUCAAUCACCAUCUUACUUGCCCUGUGAAGACGGAUUCUUCUUUCUGGACCUUAGAGGAUGACAUAAUGCACAUUACACUGCAGAAGAGGGACAAGGGUCAGACAUGGGCUUCUCCUAUACAGGGUCAGGGUCAGCUUGAUCCAUACACCACUGAUCUCGAGCAGAAGCGCCUUAUGCUCCAAAGGUUUCAAGAGGAGAACCCUGGAUUUGACUUCUCACAAGCUCAGUUUUCGGGCAACUGUCCUGAUCCAAGGAGCUUCAUGGGGGGAAUUCGCUUAGGUUGACGAAGAUAGUUUUGCAUUUAUAACUUGCAUGGGCGUGACAUUUUGCUAAUGCUCGGUAAAUAAUGUGUAGAUUUUCUACGGGUCUUGAUUUAUGCAAUCCCUGUAAUGACUGCUAUUGUGAAAAUGAUGUGUACUGGGUUUUCAUGUAAUCGCUGCAAUGAACUGAAAAUAUUUAUGUGAUAUAAAUUUAACUUCCAAAUAUUUUGUAU